AUGAGUCUUAGAAUAUGGCCGAUCUCGGCACAUUUCGUGCGAAGGCUACAUAGCCUGGCCCCUUUUGCUGAAAUUGCAAGCAAGUUCAAUUUUGACCAGCCGACUCACACGAUUCGUGAGAUUGACCGGGACCACAAGAGGAUGGGACAGAGUACCGUUAUUUUGAACGGCUGGAUCGACAGAACCCCCAAAAAGCUGUCUUCCAAGCUUGCUUUUGCGUCUCUCAGAGACACAAAGUCAAACUAUGCCCAGCUCAUUUGCAAGGACCAGGAAACAGUGGAAAAGCUUGCUUCCAGGAAGCCCGAGGAUGUGGUGAGCGUGGUAGGCACUGUGCAGCCGAAGAAGAGCAAAGAUGGAGAGCCGGAGACCUGGGAACUGGUGAUAAAGGAUCUGAAGGUUUUGAACAGCGCGGACAUCCAAACUGUGCAGCUAAACUCUCUGAAGCAUACAACCGGCCAAUUCCCGCAGGAGUUCAGAUAUCUCCAACUUAGACAACCUUACUAUCAAAAAUCGCUACGAAAAAGGGCCCAGAUUGCUGCGGUUGCACGCCGUGUGCUAGACGAUAACGAUUUUGUUGAAAUCGAGACACCGCUGCUGUUCAAGUCGACGCCUGAGGGGGCCGACGAGUUUCUUGUGCCGACAAGAAAACAGGGCCAAUUUUACGCUCUUCCUCAAUCACCCCAGCAGUACAAACAACUGUUGAUGGCCAGUGGUUUUGAUCGGUACUACCAACUCGCCAAAUGCUUCCGCGACGAAGAUCUUCGUGCGGACAGACAGCCAGAGUUCACUCAGAUCGAUUUAGAGAUGUCGUUUGCAAAGAAAGAGGAUGUGAUGCACACAGUGGAGACCGUGAUCAAAGCUAUUUUCAAGGAGACCCGGCAGGUCGACUUGUUCACUCCGAGCGAGGACAUGUCUAGUCUGGCUUUACCCGGUGAAAAGCCAUUGAAAAGGCUAUCCUAUAGAGAGGCAAUGCAUUAUUAUGGUAUUGACAAACCGGAUCUCCGUUCCAACCUGAGAUUCAAACUCCUGAACGAGUUUUUCGAUAGCCAAGGAUCUGUGCAGGGAGUCGUUCUUAGUGGAGCUGCCAACCUUGACGGAAUCGACCAGCUGAUUAGUUCGCACGAAUACUCAAACCGCAGGCCGUACAUUACGAAAAUCAAGUCCGAACACGACCUUACUACAUGGCAUUCGGCAUCCCCAUUCGCAUUCAAGGGAGACGUCAGUGCACUAAACGAAUAUCUGGGUCUUCAAGUUGGAGAUGUUGUGGCACUGGGUGACAUAGUUUACCCCGACAAGCAGAGACACAGACACGUUUAUGAAAACCCAACGCCUUUAGGGAAAUUCAGACAGCUUGCUAUCCAGCACUUCCCCGACCUCUGGAGACACGAUACUGGACUGUCGACAAGUGACACCUUCGCUGCAUGCUGGGUGACCAACUUCCCGCUUUUCUCGCCAUCCGAAGACCCCCAGUCCAAGGGAAAAGAGUACCCUGUAUAUCUGAAGGACAAAUACGAGGCGACGCACCAUCCUUUCACAAUGUUUGACCUGACUCAAGGAGUCACACCUUCUUUGGACAACGUUCUAGACAUCGAAGGAGAACAUUACGACUUGGUGAUCAACGGAGUCGAAGUUGGCGGAGGAUCGCAAAGAAUUCAUGAUGCACGGGUUCAAAGAUACGUCCUCAAGGAAAUUUUGAAGGUCCACAAUGCCGAAGAGCUGUUUGGUCACCUGCUAAAAGCUCUUGACAGUGGCUGUCCACCCCACGCCGGAUUCGCGGUGGGAUUUGACCGACUGUGUUCGAUGAUCGUUGGGUCCAGUAACAUCAGAGAUGUUGUGGCGUUCCCGAAGACGCAGGCGGGAACUGAUCCUGUGGUCGGCUCGCCUAGUAGAGUGGCCCAGGAUACACUGGAUAACUACCAUAUCCAGUGCAAGGAUGUGUAG